AGACUUUAUAAUAUAGUUAUUAUGAUAUCAUUAAACAAUAAUACCACAUGAUCAUGACCAAAUGACUAAUAAUUACUAGGGGUGAGCAAAUUGGGUAACCGGUCAAAAUUUUAGGACCCGGACCCGGAAUUGGUUGGGACGGGGUCCUAAAUCCGGAACCGGAAUUGGAAUUUGUUAAACCAGGUCCUAAAAUUUAGGACUUAGAAUUGGAAUCACCGGAUACCGAUUUUGGUUUCGGGGUACCCAGUUAUGUAUAUAAUGGGCGAAUGGUAUACAUAAAACCUAAGGAUCAAUCAUCAACAUCAAACAAAAAAAAUCACAAAAUACAAACCCAAAAAGAGUCGCAAAUUUGUAAAAAUAACAAUUGAAUUUAAAUUGAAACAAUCAGUCAAAAUCAAAUCUAAUAACAAGUCAUUAACAUUAAAAAAUCACAAAAUACAAACCCUAAACAAGUCGCAAAUGCUUAAUAUAAAAUUCACCAGGAAAAUCCAGAACACAACAAUUGUACAUUGAAACAAUCAAAUCAAAAUCAAAAUCGAAAAUGAAAUAGCACUAACCGUGAAAAACUGAUAGAUCGAAAUUCGUGAGGUUGUGUGAUUUGAUGAGAAUGAAGAAGAUUAUCUCUCUCUAAAACGCGGAAGUUUGUGGAAAACUGGAAAUUGUGGUGGGGGAUAGCCUUAUAAGGCGCAGGAAGGUUCUGGAGAAUGCUGAUUCGGACGUUAUUUUUUUAUUUACUCCUAUUUUUUUUUCCGCUUCAUAAAGGUGGUACCGCUAAUAGCAAAUAAUUGAGUUUGUAUUAUUUUACACACACGUUAAUAGUUGGUAUUAUUUUAAGCCAAUUUUUUCUAAAAAUAAUCGAAAGUUGUGAUUAUUUUGAGAAAAUGAGGCAAAGUACGAAUUAUUCUGAGCAAUUUUUCCAAAAAAAAAAACUUUUUUUUUAAAAAAAAUUGGGUUCGCAUUUAAACCCACCCUAAAUACGCCGCUGGCUGCAGCCUUCCCUCUCUUUCUCCUCCAUUGAAGCAUACUCUGAAAUUCUCCAUUGAAGCGGCUUCUAAGCUUUCUCCCCUCCAUUGAAAUAGCUUCUAAAACAAGUCAUCUGCCCAUAUACAGAAAUGCCGCGAACAACCACAAUAGAAUGCCCAUGUUGCCCACCAUUAAGAGCCCUAAAUUUCGACGUACUUGGCCUUGUUAAAGUAAUUGAAGCUCGGAGUAAGCUAGAUGGAGUUCUUAAGGUUGUAGAGAGGUGGGGUGACCCUGAUUCCUCUAAAGCUAUCCUCACCGUUUCUAUCAAUGACCGAAAAUCCAACCCUUUGCUAGCAGUUGCCAGGAAAAAUGGUGCAAUUGAAGUUUUGAGUCCGGUUACUAGAGAGUUGUGUUUUUCAAUCUGCGAUGAUGGUGAUGACACUUCUCCAUUAGAUGACCCGAUUGCUUGAUUACAUUAAUUUAAAAAGCGGAUGGUAGAGUCAUCCUCAAGGUCGUGCACCUUGCUUUCUUGUGCAACUAAAGGGAAAGCAAGCUUGAGGAGAAUUGAAGAUUUUGAUUCAUACACUGGUUCUGUUUCUUUUGCUACUCUAGAAACGUGGAGUGUGUGCGGUUCUGGUGAGAUUUGCUGCUCCAAAGUACAUGCUGAUGAAGGCUACUCUGUGUUUGGAGGAAAAGGCAUUGAAAUUAACAUGUGGGACCUGGAGAAGACUAGUAAGAUUUGGAGUGCAAAAUCUCCCCAAGCGAAUAACCUUGGAAUUUUUACGCCAACUUGCUUUACAUCUUUGACCUUCCUAAGCAACGAUGAUCAUCGCAAGGUUGUGGCUGGUACCAAAAACCACCAGGUUCGCCUCUACGAUACAUCAUCUCAAAGAAGGCCCGUGUUAUCAAUUGAUUUUAGGGAGACACCUAUUAAAUCUGUUGCAGAAGAUUUGGAUGGACAUACUAUAUAUGUAGGAAAUGGUUCUGGUGAUCUGGGUUCUUUUGACAUUCGUACAGGUAGUGAAUUUGAAUAUAGAAAUCAUAAUGUUGCCUUAUGUCUGUAAUGGCGGAAGGACUUUAUUUGAGAUGGGUAAAGAAUAGGUUGUUUGUUGCUUUGCAACAAAUAAAAGUAGAACAUGUUUAUAUUACGUCAUUUGAUUUAGUUGAUAGAUUGCUCAAUAGUAACACUUUUGAUUUAAUUAAACAAGGACAAGAAAGAAGUCAUUGAUCCAGACAAAAUAUUAUAUUAGUAUUGCUGUUGCUUUUCUAUCUUUUUGGAUCAUCCAUGAGAAUUUAAUGACUUCAGAAGUCAUUCUGUACAAAACCUACUUUCUAAAAUGUUUUAUUUUGCUUGGUUUUGUCCAGUUUGUGGCCCCAAAAUUUAGGCGCAAUUAUCCUUUCAGCAUUAAUUUUUGCCCUCUCUCUGCACCUAAAAGUUUUCCCUUCAACUCUUAAAUUUCAAGGUGCCAAAUACCAAUUAUAGCUCUGCUUCAUGAUCCAUCACAACAAUGAAAUUAGGAAAAGGGGCAAUUUGGGGAGGGGGGGUGGUUCUUUAACUUAGCAUGGGCGUUAAUCCUCAUCUCUUGCCUAAUAUGCGACUAAAGAGAAAUUAGAGCAGUUUUUGCUUCAUUUGAUUGAUAUGGCCAUACCGACAUUACUUCUACCUAUUGUUAGCCUCUUUUUUUACUUAGGCAUUACUUGGUGCCAUCUUUGACAUUGUCAAUGUUAAAUGAGCUAUUUGUGUAUGACCUUUUGUGCCAGAAUUGAGAUGUGUGUGUAUGGCCUUUUGUGCCAGAAUUGAUGUCCAUCUGAUGUGUUCAUAGUGUACGCAGUGGCGGACCCACAUGUAAUCAUUGUGGGUCCGGUGACACAUUAUUAUUUUUUGAAAAAAAAACUAAAAAAAAUAGAUCUAGUUUCACGCCUCUCAGUCACUCUCUCUCCUCCCCAAGUCCUAGAAAGCCAGAAAACAUAACCUAAACACGCUUCCUCUCUCUCUCCUCCAUUGAAGCGUCAAGCAUACUCAAAAAUCUCCAUUAAAGGGGCUUCUGAGCUUUCUCUCCUCCACUGAAGCAGUCUCAAAGGGUUUGGUUUGUGGAGCGUAGCGACUCGAAAUUCUCCAUUGAAGCGGGCAAGCGGCUUCUGACUUUCUGAGCUUUCGCUCCUCCAUUGAAGCAGCCUACUUUGAGGUUAGAUCUUGAUAAUCUAGUGACUAGUGUAGUAGUGCUAUUGUGUAAUUUGUUUUGUGUUAACCGUGUAUUUAAUUGUCAGAGUCAGUAUAUACCCAAUUUAGGGAAUUAGGGUGGUUUCGGUGGUGGUGCCGGAGGGGGUGGCUGUCGAGGCUGAACUGGGGCCUGGUCGCCUGGGGAGUGGCUAUCGGUCUCACGGAGUCACGGCCUUGUACAAUUAUAAUUUGGUUUUUCUUUGUAAAAUUCUACCUUCUUAAAUCUUGGUGAUGAUUCAGUAUUCUCAUGUCCUGAUGAGUUCAACCUUCUAGAUUUAAGUUAAGACAUUAAUCUCCUAGAAUGUAUGUAGGCGAAGCUGGAUUUUAACAAUAGGAUGCAUUUUUAUGUAGUGAAGUCCAUUAGCUAUUUCCUUGUUGAAAAGCAAAUCAUUUGGGAAUCACUGGUGCUAUAAUAAUCAAAAUGCUACUGAUAUUCUAAACUCUGAAAUUUGAAUACACCAUGCUGUAUGUCGAAUAGCAACCAUGAACUGAUGUGUAAUUUAUCUAUGACAUGAAUGUUGUUAUU